GGCUCCUUCACGAACUAUCUCGUGUGGAUAGACAGGCAUAUUCGGAAAGAAGCAGUUACCCAGUUGCUUUGUUCACAGGCUGUGUGUAAAUAAAAGUACAGACUACGCACCGCAAUAGCCAUCUUUUGUUUGGUUUGUUAGAGGCAUUUCCACAGGGAGGUCUUGAGCGUGUUCCUCAAUGUUAAUCAUCCAGAAGAGUUUGAUCUUGAUGUGAACGAUCACGAGGUGCAGCAGGCCAACGUGCAGGGCUUUGUGGGCUGGCUGUCUCGUGUUCAGUUUAACUCUGCUGCUCCACUCAAGGCUGCCCUGAGGCAGCGAUCGCUGGACUCCUCUUCGCCUGCUCCCUUCGCCUCCCCAGUGUUUGUGCAAGGGUGGCUGGUGGAGUCCACCUGCAUGGCAUUACCCAUGACCACCGUGCCCCCCACCACUAGCACGGACCUCUGGUCUCUGCCGGUGACAACUUCAUUUGUGUCAGGAGAAGAUGGGAAACCCCAGAGCAGCCCCAUCAGCAGCAACACGGCCAUUGUUGGUGGAGUCAUUGCCAUGUCCAUCCUGGUGAUCCUGUGCAUGCUCGUGGGCAUCGGCCGGUACCUGUUUCACCACAAAGGCACCUAUCGCACAAACGAAGCCAAAGGCCUGGAGGCUGCCUCUGCAACGCUGCAGAGUGAAGACCCCAAUUUCCCGGAGAGCCUCGAUGAGAGUAGGAAGGAGUACCUAAUUUGACGAACACUGACUCUCAUUCUAGAUUUGAAGUUUUCGUGACUGCUAGGAUCCAUACUCUUUGGUUCUUUCGAUAAAGUCACAUAGGUAAAAAUAAAGUAAAAUAAAAAUAACUAAAUCACGACCUUUCGGAAGGCAACACAAGCUUCAGUCAUCAGGUGGGACAACCACAGAAUUUUUUUUUUACUGUAGUGGGCAGAGAGAGGAUGUUAUUAAUAUGAUAAUAUCCUAAUUGCCUCGGGGCUACAGUAAAUAACAGCUGAACCCCCACCCCCGACUCGAUACGGCACCCCCCCCCUGCAUCCCUCCUCCCUGGCUCUUACCCGAAAUAAUCACUUGUCACAUACAGCUCUCUCUGCUCACUACAGUAAAAAAAAUUGUUGUGGUUGUCCCACCUGAUGACGAAAGCUUGUGUUGCCUUCGAAACGUCGUGAUUUAGUUAUUUUUUAUUUUAUUUUUACCUACGUGACUUUACCGAAAGAACCAGAGUACUGACUCUCAUUCAACUUCUCCCCUUCCACCAACUGUAUUGUCCCUAUGAUGGCUUUCGUGUCACCCACUCAACCACAUGCAGUUUCCCUUCUCUCUUGACACUCUGCACUCUGCACCUCCAUCUCCGUGGCAUUCUUUUCCCUUUGCUAAGGAUAUUAACUGUGUAUUAAAAUGAAGUGCUAUUGUGCUUUUCUCAUGAGAUUUUGAGCAAAUGUUUACUGUAAUUUCUGAAAUGUCCCCAAAUGCAUUUUGUUAUUAUAAUGUUAUCUAGUAAUAAAUAAACAAUAUUUGUUCAUCAGACAUUGCACACCUUGUUUUUGCAUAUCACAGAUAAUCACAGAUCCACCAGAACAAUGAAAACAUUUUCACUUGCUUCAUAUAUGUGUAUCACUUUAAGGCCUCAAUUAAAAAUCAGACAUUUUGCUCCUGUUGUACCAAUACCACGAAACCGAUUUUCCUCUAUAAGAUGCCAUCAUCACCGUUGGAAGUUGUAGAUCUAUAUCCACAAAAUGAUAGUUUGUAAUGUGUAACCUUAAAAGUGUUACGUUCGAGGAUCCAUUUAACUUGCGUAUAAAGUAUAUAUUUUAAUCUCAAAUAGGUCAUAACAAGGUUCAUACAAUCAAAAAUAAUAUUUUAGCUACUAAAGGUUGUAGAAUAACUUGUUUUGUGUGUUUAAUCACGAUUUAUUUUUAAUCACACACCAACCUAAUCUGGUUUAUGCCAAUCUAUUUUUACAUCCAUUGCAUUCAAUAUAUGAAGUAAGAUUUGUAUUAUGCAGAAAUUAGGUUUAUUUUGACCAUUCACCUCACCUCUUCCUGUAAUAUUACUGCACAAGCAGCAGCUAUUCAUGGUGAACACAGAUCAGGUAUUCAUGGUGAAUACAGAUUUUGUCGAAAAUAUGGGUGAGAAAAAUUGCCAUUUUAACGAAGUCUUGGGUCUGGUUAUAAUUUUUAUUACAUGGUUUCUUAUCGUUAAUAUCAGCAACUGCAGAUUCAGGGUUUUAAUUGCAACUAAUCGAACAAUAAAACAAUACUUUCCAAAAACAUUGCGAUCACUAAAAUAACUGGACCCAUGACUCAGGAUCUUCGUUGGUAUAGCCUUAAAUAUUUGCUUUUUAUUUAGUAGAAUUGUUCAAUUGCUUUAAGACAAGUUAUGUACUUAAAUCUGCUAUCUGCUGCUGACUUUUAGUCAUUCAUUUUCAUAAUUAAAUGUUGGACGGCACAAGAGGUGUGGUUGUUGCACUUUUGUUGAGUAUACACGAUUACAUUUAAACAGACAUGUUUAAAUGAAAAAUGCAUACGCAGUCGUGUAAUGGGUGCUCAUGA